AUGGCCUCAACAACAGCCUUUCUCCCACGCCUCACCACCAUCACCUUCUCCUUCCUGACUCAACCCCUCCUCAUCAUGUUUCUCCUCUCCUUGCUCACCCUCUAUACCAUCUACAUCGCUUAUCACCGCCUCUACCUCAGUCCCCUCGCCGACAUCCCCGGUCCCCGACUUGCCGCGCUGACACAAUGGUACGAAUUUUACUACGAAGUCAUCCUGCACGGCCAAUACACCUUCAAGAUCAUCGAGCUGCACAAGCAGUACGGGCCCAUUAUCCGGAUCAACCCGUGGGAGGUACACAUUGCGGAUCCAGAUUUCCACAGGGAGUUGUUGCCGACAAAUACAAAUCGACGGAGACAUCGGACGCCGUUUUUCACGAAGCAGUUUGGGGCUGAUGAAAGUAUCGUGGCUACCAAUGAUCAUGAUCUCCAUAAGCUUCGGAGAUCAGCGGUCGGCCCUUUCUUUUCGACGCAAAACACGAGAGCGCUACAGCCGGUUAUCGAGGAGAGGGUUGAUGCAUUGUUGGCCAGGCUUCGAGAGCAUGGAAAGACGAAGAAGGAUAUUCCGUUGAAUAUGAUGUAUGCGUAUUCGGCUACGUCAUACGACAUCAUCAGUGAAUACUGCUUUGCCAAAUCUGAACAUGCUGUGGAGGACCCCGACUUCCGCGCCGAAAUCACCAACGGGAUCUUGACGGGUUCCAACUACGGCAAAAUCUUCCAACACUUCCCUUUCCUCGUCCCCUUCCUCGCUUCGAUCCCACCAGGGAUGCUCGCCGCCAUUUCCCCCUUCUACCGCACCUUCCUCCACCUCCGCGCCUGCAUCACGGCGCAAAUCGGCGAAAUCGAAAAGUCUCUCCGCUCCGAGGAAGGCAAGAAUGCCCACCUCGACAUCCCCCAUCCCACCAUCUUCCACUCCUUCGUCAACACCGAGGCACUCCCUCCCAUCGAAAAGUCCGUCCCGCGUAUUGCCCAAGAAGGCCAGGUCCUUUUAAGGGAAGCCCUCCCCGACGACGCCGACGAGCCCGUCGAGCUCGCUCGACUUGAGCAACUCCCCUAUCUCCGCGCAGUAAUCAAGGAGAGCAUGCGUCUCAGCGUUGGCGCAUCGGGUCGAAUCACGCGCGUGGCGCCUGACGAAACACUGCGAUUCAAGCCCUCCAAGUUAUGUCUGCGAUGCUAUCCCGACGACCAGCUGAAGACGACAGCAGAAGACAAGGAAAAGGAGUGGCUGCUCCCUCCUGGGACGGAGGUCUCCAUGACGAGCUACCAGAUUACUACGAACCCGGAGAUUUUCCCGGAUCCGCACGCUUUUGUGCCGGAGAGGUGGUUGGGGAAGGAGAACGAGAUGAGGCUUGACAAGUACAUGACGGUGUUUGGACACGGGGCGAGGGUUUGUUUGGGAAUGCAGUUGGCGUAUGCGGAGAUGUAUUUGAUGUUGAGUAAGAUGUGGAGGGUUUGGGAGGGUGGGCCGCAGGUUGGUGGCGGGGAGGAUGAGGAUGGUAAGGAGGAUGUGGAAGAAAAGAAGGGAAGACGAGAUGGUCGGACCACGGUGGGUAGGUUGAGGUUGGCUGAGGGCGUGACGGUUAGAGAUGCGGAGAUGGCGGAGGAUUGGUUCAUUCCUGUGCCUUAUAGAGGGAGUAAGGGGGUUAGAGUGUACUUUGAGAGUUACUAACGGACGAGGGUGAGCAACGGUAGUGGGUUGUGUGGUUUGUUCUGUGCAGGCUGCGGGAAGAAUCAUGGAUAGAUGUGACAUACGAGAAAAGCAUAUUCUAUGCUCAUCGAUACAAGACAUACUUGGAAAGUCU